CAAAUUCCCGUAUGUACGUAGCAAAAGGUCUAAGAUCUGGCGGAGGAAUUUCUAUAAACAAGGAUUAAUGAUGUGUGUGAUUGUGGCUAGUUAUUGACAUGAUGGCUCAUCGAGUCGUAUGCAAACUUGGUCUACUACGAAAACCGAGCUAGGGUAGCUUCAUCAUUAUGGACUCAAACGUCUAUAGCCGAGAGCAGCCGUCCGCUCCGAUGAAGUCUAGUUGGCCCACGGCAGCCGAGCUAGCGCAGAAUAGAGCUAAGCUUAACGGCCAACCAAAGUAUGGCAAGCCACCUCCACAACCCAAGAGACAGAAAAAGCCAACAAACGCUGUUCGUCCGAAGAGAGCUCUAUUUUGCCUGACACUCGGGAAUCCGAUACGAAGCACGGCAAUAAGUCUAGUAGAAUGGAGGCCUUUCGAUGUAAUGAUUUUAAUAACUAUUUUCGCGAAUUGUGCAGCACUAGCGGCUUUCCAACCCCUUCCAGAGCAAGACAGCAGCCUCAUCAACGAGGAGCUGGAAGUGGCAGAAUUUGUAUUUUUAGGUAUUUUUACAAUGGAGUCUGUGCUGAAAAUCAUAGCCUAUGGAUUUGUAAUGCAUCCUGGAGCCUACCUCAGGAAUGGAUGGAAUAUCUUAGAUUUUGUAAUUGUUGUCGUUGGGCUGGCAACUAUAAUUGUAAAAUUAUAUACUCCAGAUAGCUUUGAUGUAAAAGCUCUCAGAGCCUUCCGAGUUCUGCGUCCUCUUCGGCUGGUAUCAGGAGUUCCAAGUUUACAAGUUGUUUUAAAUUCUAUCAUCAAGGCCCUUAUUCCACUUUUUCAUAUAGCACUAUUAGUAGUGUUUGUAGUCAUAAUCUAUGCUAUUAUUGGGGUGGAGUUAUUUAUGGGCAAGCUACACAGUACCUGCUAUGACAAUGUCACAGGUCAGCCUACAUUUGAUGAGCCACAUCCUUGCAGCACAGAGUCUGAAGGAUACUCUUGCUCUAAUGCUGGUCCGGGGCAGGUCUGUCUAAAGAAGUGGGAAGGCCCCAACUAUGGUAUCACCAACUUUGAUAAUAUAGGGCUGGCAUGUCUCACCGUAUUUCAGUGUAUCACUCUGGAGGGCUGGACAGAUGUUAUGUAUAGUAUAAACGAUGCUAUUGGCAACUCAUGGCCUUGGCUCUACUUUGUAACAUUGAUUAUAUGGGGCUCAUUUUUUGUACUAAAUCUUGUGCUUGGUGUACUUAGUGGUGAAUUUGCCAAAGAAAAAGCUAGGGCACAAAAAAGCGGCGAGUUUCAGAAACUUCGCGAAAAGCAGCUCGUUGAUGAUGCUUACCAUGGUUAUCUAGAUUGGAUAUCACAAGCAGAGGACAUAGAAGGCGAUAGCAGUGCUGGUGAAGACGAGGAGGGCAAGGCGGAUAGAAAACCUUCGUUUCGAAGGCGGAAAGAAAACGAUGAUAUCUCUAAGAAUAAAGAAAACCAGGAGGACUCAGCAGCAUCAGACCAGGGAUGGAUCGACAGGAAAAAGAAAAUUCUAAAGCGAUUUCAUCACCGGUUGCGGCGUAGCUGUCGAAAGGCCGUUAAGACGCAGUGGUUUUACUGGACCGUUAUAGUUUUUGUAUUUUUGAAUUCUCUGACGCUGGCGCUGGAGCAUUACAAUCAACCAGAGUUUCUUACACAAUUCUUAGAUAAAGCUAAUAAAUUAUUCCUAGCGCUUUUUACGCUGGAGAUGGUGGUCAAGAUGUAUUGUUUAGGUUUUCAUGGCUACUUCGCAUCGUUAUUCAACAGAUUUGACUGUCUGGUUGUUAUCAGCAGUUUGCUUGAGUUAGGGCUUACAGAAGCUAUGGACCAGAGACCUAUUGGUAUCAGUAUGCUCCGAUGUGUCCGUCUACUCAGAAUUUUUAAAGUUACAAGAUACUGGAGCUCGCUGAGCAAUUUGGUGGCCUCACUUCUGAAUAGUAUGCGCUCCAUCAUGGGCUUGCUACUUCUGUUAUCACUCUUUAUGGUCAUCUUCUCCUUAUUAGGGAUGCAGAUUUUCGGUGGCAAAUUCAAUUUAGGUGACGAGGACGUUCCGCGAAGUAAUUUUGACUCUUUCUGGCGAGCACUUGUAACAGUUUUCCAGAUUCUAACUGGAGAGGACUGGAAUGCUGUGAUGUAUACAGGAAUACAGUCCUGGGGUGGAAUUACAGAGAGCUUGUCAGCCAUACCUAUAUUAUAUUUUAUAUUUCUAGUAGUUGUUGGAAAUUAUAUUUUAUUAAACGUUUUCUUGGCCAUUGCUGUGGACAAUCUGGCCGACGCAGAGAGCUUAACAGAAAUGGAGGAAGAAAAGAAGAAAGAGCGAGAAGAAGAGUUAGAAAUGAAAUUAAGAAUGGAAGAGAAAGAGUCAUCGUCUAAUAAAGAUCUGGAAAACAAACGAGCUUCUACAUCUAGCGGAGCGGGCAAGACAACAUCCCAAGAUCUACAUUCCAAUGGCAACAGUAUACCGCGGGCUCUUUCAAGUGACGCAGAAUCGCCAUCCCUUGCAGAAGACUCUAAAGCUACUUUAAAUAGAGAAGGGGACCACGAGUCUGUAAGAAGUGCAACAUCCACAGAGGUGAUGGACCACGAGCCAAUGCCACCUGAAAGCUCCUUGUUUAUCUUCUCAAACACCAACUGCUUUAGAGUCGUAUGUCACCGGAUAGCCACCAACUCGUAUUUCGUGAAUUUUAUCCUGCUGCUCAUUAUCGUCAGUAGCUGCAUGCUUGCUGCGGAAGACCCCCUCAACUCGAACUCCAAACGAAACCAGGUUCUCAACUACUUCGACUACUUCUUUACGGCUGUCUUCACCAUUGAAAUUACUAUUAAGAUUAUUGCAUACGGGGUUAUUCUCCACAAAGGAUCAUUCUGCAGAAGUGCCUUCAAUUUGCUUGAUUUCCUUGUCGUCGCAGUGUCGAUUGUGUCUAUUGCUCUAAGGGAUUCGUCUUCUCAAAUCUCAGUGGUGAGAAUUCUGAGGGUGCUAAGAGUGCUGCGUCCUCUCCGUGCCAUCAAUAGAGCCAAAGGGUUGAAGCACGUGGUACAAUGCGUGUUCGUGGCAGUCAAGACAAUCGGUAACAUCAUGUUAGUAACUGUUCUCUUCAACUUCUUGUUUGCUGUCAUCGGAGUCCAGCUUUUCAAGGGCACGUUUUUCAGCUGCACUGAUGCAGAGAAGAUAACCAAACGCGAGUGCCAGGGGCAGUAUAUUGAAUUCAAAGGACCUGGACUUACAAAUCCUGUCGUAAAGGAUCGAGAAUGGCAGCCACAGACGUUCAACUUCAACGAUGUCCCGCAAGCCAUGUUGACACUGUUUACAGUGAUGACCUUUGAGGGAUGGCCAGGCAUCCUUGAGAGCUCAAUGGACUCUACUGAUGUCGACGAAGGACCUUUUCUGAACAAUAGGCCUUGGGUUGCCAUUUAUUACGUUAUUUACAUCAUCAUCAUUGCCUUUUUCAUGAUCAACAUCUUUGUUGGUUUUGUGAUCGUCACCUUCCAGAAUGAAGGAGAAGAAGAGUUUAAGGACUGUGAAUUGGACAAAAAUCAGCGUAAAUGCGUGGAGUUCGCUCUCAAGGCUCGACCCACCCGUCGCUACAUCCCCACCAAUCGGUUGCAGUUUCACGUGUGGCGUGUAGUGACGUCACAACCGUUCGAGUACCUCAUUUUCGCGUUCAUCACCGGCAACACCAUCUUACUUAUGAUGCAGUACUACAAUGAACCAAAGCUUUACACAAGGGUGCUUGACGGCUUCAACAUCGGCUUCACAUCGGUCUUCCUGCUCGAGUGCAUAUUAAAACUGUUUGCCUUCAAACCAAAGAAUUACUUCCUUGAUCGGUGGAAUCUGUUCGACUUCGUGGUCGUGGUUGGUAGUGUGGUCGAUAUCACUAUGAAUGAAGUUUCGCCUGAUCGUUAUGGUGGUAUGGCAAUCGGUGGUCCCAAGAGAGACGAGGGCUACGCAAGGAAAGCUCGCUUACAUAAAGUCAGUGAACAAAUGUUCGCAUUCGGCUUUUUCCGGUUGUUCCGUGCGCUUCGACUUGUCAAACUGUUGAACCAGGGAUCCGGCAUCAAGACACUGCUCUGGACGUUCAUCAAGUCAUUCCAGGCCUUGCCAUAUGUUGGUCUUCUAAUCAUCAUGACCUUCUUCAUCUACGCUGUAGUGGGAAUGCAGAUGUUCGGGCGAAUUGCGAUUGACCCCGAAACUCAGAUCAACCGUAACAACAAUUUCCAGACUUUCCCUCAAUCUCUGAUGGUCCUAUUCAGAUCUGCGACUGGCGAGAACUGGCAAUUGAUUAUGUUGGCUUGUACGGACACCCCGAACGCCAAGUGUGACCCUAACGCAUAUCCCCAAGAUACAGAUGGUCUGUGUGGUACUGACUUCGCGUAUGCCUACUUUUGCUCCUUCUAUGCUAUUUGUUCCUUCCUGAUCAUCAACCUGUUCGUAGCUGUUAUCAUGGACAACUUUGACUACUUAACGCGCGAUUGGUCGAUUCUAGGCCCUCAUCAUCUUGACGAGUUUGUCCGCGUGUGGUCUGAGUAUGACCCCGAGGCAAGUGGUUGCGUCAAGCACGUAGAUAUCGUAACAGUUCUGAAGAGAAUCGCUCCCCCUCUUGGGUUUGGCAAGUUCUGUCCGCACAGAGAGGCGUGCAAGCGCCUCGUGAGCAUGAAUAUGCCCCUGAACAGAGACGGAACUGUCAAUUUCAACGCCACCUUAUUUGGACUAGUGCGCACGUCGCUUAGCAUCAAGCGGCCCGAAGGAAAAGGUUCACUGGAGAAGGCCAAUGAAGAGAUGCGAGCUAUUAUUAUGAAAGUUUGGCCCAAGACGUCCCAAGAGUUCCUUGACGAAAUCAUACAACCCCCGGGAGGAGAUGAUGAGGUGACGGUUGGCAAGUUCUACGCUACUUACUUGAUCCAGGAGUAUUUCAGACGCUUCAAGGCGCGACAAAGAGCCGAGAAUGCACAGUACCAGGAUGCGCACUCAACACAAGCCCUUCAGGCCGGUCUACGGACCCUCCACGGAUUAGGACCCCAGCUGCGACGCGCCAUCUCAGGGCAUCUGGAUGAUGACGAUGAGGAACUCUUCUUAAAAGAGGACAUUCAGCAAAAGUCUCAGCUUGACUUCCUUUCUGAGCAGCACAAACGAUUCUGGGAAAGCCUGAAGAACGCUGUUACUCCGUCACCAAGACAUAGUCGCCCAAGCAGUCUCCGCAGGCCAGGAUCCAUCCGAUUAUCUGCCUUUAUCAAGAAGGGCAACAGCACGCCAGAGGCACAAAGGAAAUCGUCUCUACCAGCAACUUUAACGGUUCCCUCCUUUUCACACGGUCCUCUAUUAACCUCUGAUCGGCAGUUGCUUGUACCUCCGCAACAAUCUGAUGUAAAUGCAAACGAUAAGGAAUCCAAGCAGAGCGCACAUGUUCCAUCUAAGCCUCCACUAAAAGGGGCGAGGAGUUUUCCUCUUCCGAUUAUGGCAAAUGGGGACCUCAAGGAACCUGCUCUCGACACACGUGAGCGUAGCAAGAGCGAAAUCCUUGAGAGACCAGCUUCCGGUGAGGCGGUGCUGGAACCGACAGAGCUGGACAAGGAGAAAUCGUCAAGCGCUCAAAACAUUGUUGAACAGGCUCUGCAAGACGAGGAACUCGACGAAGACGACACCAUAGUACGGGUGGUAGAACAAGAAAUAGCAGAAGCUUUUGACCUCUCGACCGACCAACUAAAUGACGCUGCUGAAAGGCUGUUGUCUGAGCUUGAAGAAACUUUGAAGAACGAAGAAGAAGUUGAAAAGGAGGAAGCAAGGCUUGAAGCAGAAGCUCAAGCGGAUAAAUCCGAAGAGGGAAAAGAUAAUUUUUGGAAGAAAGGUCUUCAACCGUCACCUGACAGUUGUAUAGUCAUUACUGACCUUUGAUGAUUGAAUAGAUAACUAUUUUUUAUUGAUAUUGCAUAGAAGCCACGUCAUCUGAAGCCCGUUAUUUGACAAAGGUUACGGGUAGUAUCUGAAGGAAGUUCUCUCGCCACGCGCAAGAACAAUUCGUGAAUUGGAGGAGAGAUUUACUUACGGGUGAGGUGAUAGAAGCAGCAAAACAAGAAGCAUCAGACAAAUAUCUAUGUUGCCCAGGUACAAUUUUACAAGAAUAUUUUGAUACAAAAAAGUCACAAAAAGCACUCCGCGAAAACUACAAGUGAAAGAAUCCUGCCAUUGACAGUCAGUCCACAGGUCUAUAGCUAUUGUCAUGUGGACGAAUUUGGUUGAUAGUAUAAAUUGAUCUUGACUAAUUUCUUUUACAUUGGUUCUUUUUUAUGUCACGUAAUUUAUUUUUUGGCCCGCCAAGCUUUACGGCAAAUAAGCCAAAGGAAAGAGGAAAUCGGUAUACAUACACGUACACGACAUAGAUGAAAUAUUUUCAAUUAAUAUAUCAUAUAUACAUUAUUUAUUUGCUUUUUGGCGAUAGAGCAUAAUACCAUACAAUAGUUUCCUUUGCUUUGCUAUUUGUUUGCGAAGCAUUUAGUAUUUGUUUUCAAAAGAAAAGUUGCGACUAAUGUUAAAUUUAUGUCGAUCCUCCCUUGAGACGCAGACGAAUAGCGGUGUCAUAUUUAUUUUAUUAGUCUAUUGAUAGUUCACAGAUAGCGGGUAGGAAUUUGUUAGCACGUUUUAUUGAGAACCCGUCGCCACGACAAAAUAGAUUUGUAGAUUUGCAUUUAAAAAUCAUUUAAAUCACUUAAAUUCCAAGAACCUUAGUUAUUGUAAAAGAACUGAAAAUAUAUAAUACAUAUUUUAUUUGUGCGUUCCUUGGAAAUGCCCUCGGACGCUUCUAUGAACUUGUAGAAUCGAGUUUGUAUGGCAUUCCAAACUAAGAAGGCUCGGAAGAAAAAUAUUUUUGUAGCCAAUAUUUAUUCUCUAGACUAACGAUAGAGUCGAGAAGACGUAGAGAUGAGAUUUUUUUUUAUUGUAGAGGAAUUUCCUACUUGGCUGUACAUACGAAUAAAUUUUCUACCAUUUCAGAUAGGUGCCUUAGCUAGGGCCAUAUGAUAUUAGAUUGUUUUAAGAUAUAAAAAUGGAACGGUAUACAAUAAAGUUAUUUUGCACAAAUGAGAAAA